CUACACACGUGACCACAGCAGUCCAUCAGAAGCACUCAUUCAUACUGAUGAGAACUUUGCCUGUUACUGUUCGACGUUCGUACUAACUUUCUACGAAUAGCGAAUUAAAGUAUUUGGUUAGGAAUAAUGUCAUUAGGAGGUGGUUUUCGGAUUGGGAUUUGCCCUUCUCAUCCCCAUUACCCCUUGAUUUAUGAUUAUCGUUCCAGCGACCGAAUUUGCUCAGAAUGUGGUUUAGUUGUUGAAGACAGAGUGGAUUAUGUCGGCUCAGAAUGGCGAACAUUCAAUUAUGAAGCAGCUUAUGCAGAUCCUUCACAAAUUGGUGAGGCAGAAAACACUCUACUGGACGGGACAAAUCUUUCAACAAUGUUUGGGCCCAAUGAUUUCGAUGUUUUCGUAGAUUUUGGAGCAGCAUUCAAAAACUGUCAAAUGAGGAGCUCAGACCAAACUCUUGUCAAUGCUUAUAAAGAAAUAAGCAACAUGGCUGAUCGUAUCAACUUAUCGAGAACCGUUGUUGACAGAGCAAAUUGUCUUUUCAAGAAUGUUUAUGAUUGCAAGAACUUAAAAGGACACAGCACUGAUGCUAGUGCAUCAGCCUGCCUAUACAUAGCUUGCAGGCAAGAAGGUGUCCAACGGACUUUCAAGGAAUUUUUCGCCGUCAUCAAGAUAGACAAGAAAAAAUUUGUAAGAUGUUACAAACUCAUUCUCAAAGCAUUAGAAACUUCAGUCGAUUUUAUGCCACGUUUCUGCUCAAAUCUUGGAUUGCCUGCCAUGGUCCAACGAGCGGCAUCGCAUAUUGGACGCAAAGCAGUGGAGCUUGAUGUCGUUCCUGGACGUUCAUCAAUAUCAGUUACUGCAGCCGCCAUCUACAUGGCUUCCCACGCCUCAGAAAAUAAAUUGACAAAGAAAGAGAUAGGUGAUAUUACUGGAGUGUCCGACGUCACCAUCCGCCAAUCGUAUGAAUUUAUGUACCCUCGUGCCGCAGAGCUGUUUCCUCCGGAGUUCAAUCUAAUUACCAGCCAACUACCCCAACGUUAAUCGGAGAACAGCAGUUUUUUGGUUAUCACUACUGAA